AUGCUCCUGGACGCGGGGCCGCAGUUCCCGGCCAUCGGGGUGGGUAGCUUCGCGCGCCACCAUCACCAUUCGGCCGCGGCGGCGGCGGCGGCUGCUGCCGAGAUGCAGGACCGCGAACUGAGCCUGGCCGCGGCGCAGAACGGCUUCGUGGACUCGGCGGCCGCGCACAUGGGCGCCUUCAAGCUCAACCCAGGCGCGCACGAGCUGUCCCCCGGCCAGAGUUCGGCGUUCACGUCGCAGGGCCCCGGCGCCUACCCCGGCUCUGCCGCGGCUGCCGCCGCCGCCGCCGCGCUCGGGCCCCAUGCAGCGCACGUCGGCUCCUACUCUGGGCCGCCUUUCAACUCCACCCGGGACUUCCUGUUCCGCAGCCGCGGCUUCGGGGACUCGGCGCCGGGCGGCGGACAGCAUGGGCUGUUUGGGCCAGGAGCCGGCGGCCUGCACCAUGCGCACUCGGACGCGCAGGGUCACCUCCUCUUCCCUGGCCUCCCGGAGCAGCACGGGCCGCACGGCUCUCAGAAUGUGCUCAACGGGCAGAUGCGCCUGGGGCUGCCGGGCGAGGUAUUCGGGCGCUCGGAGCAGUACCGCCAGGUGGCCAGCCCGCGGACCGACCCCUACUCAGCGGCGCAGCUCCACAACCAGUACGGCCCCAUGAAUAUGAACAUGGGUAUGAACAUGGCAGCGGCCGCGGCCCAUCACCACCACCACCACCACCACCCUGGUGCCUUUUUCCGCUACAUGCGGCAGCAGUGCAUCAAGCAGGAGCUCAUCUGCAAGUGGAUCGACCCGGAGCAGCUGAGCAACCCCAAGAAGAGCUGCAACAAAACUUUCAGCACCAUGCACGAGCUGGUGACCCACGUUUCCGUGGAGCACGUCGGCGGCCCGGAACAGAGCAACCACGUCUGCUUCUGGGAGGAGUGUCCGCGCGAGGGCAAACCCUUCAAGGCCAAAUACAAACUGGUCAACCACAUCCGCGUGCACACAGGCGAGAAACCCUUCCCCUGCCCCUUCCCGGGCUGCGGCAAGGUCUUUGCGCGCUCCGAGAACCUCAAGAUCCACAAAAGGACCCACACAGGGGAGAAGCCGUUCCAGUGUGAGUUCGAGGGCUGCGACCGGCGCUUCGCCAACAGCAGCGACAGGAAGAAGCACAUGCACGUCCACACCUCCGAUAAGCCCUAUCUGUGCAAGAUGUGCGACAAGUCCUACACGCACCCCAGCUCGCUGCGGAAACACAUGAAGGUCCAUGAGUCCUCUCCGCAGGGCUCCGAGUCCUCCCCAGCCGCCAGCUCAGGCUACGAGUCGUCCACGCCCCCGGGGCUGGUGUCCCCCAGCGCCGAGCCCCAGAGCAGCUCUAACCUCUCCCCGGCGGCGGCGGCGGCGGCGGCAGCGGCGGCGGCGGCGGCGGCCGUGUCCGCGGUGCACCGGGGCGGAGGUUCGGGCGGCGGCGGCGCGAGCGGCGGCUCCGGCGGAGGCAGCGGCGGCGGGGGCGGCGGCGGGGCGGGCGGCGGGGGCGGCGGCGGCAGCGGCGGCGGGGGCAGCGGGACAGCCGGGGGCCACAGCGGCCUCUCCUCCAACUUCAAUGAAUGGUACGUGUGAGAGCCCGGGGCCUCUCUUCCUCUCCCGGUCCCCGCCCUGGCGCAGCCCUCCCGGUGGCGAGCGCUGAGGGCACCCUGUGAUGUGUUGUUAAAAUUAUGAAUCUGAUUUUUAUGAUGAUGAAAAUGAUUUUAC